GUCUGUGACACUCAUAAAACGAACUCUGCAUUCUGCAACGCAAUGCGUGCAACGAUGUCGUUAAUGGUGAAAUCGGUCUCAGCAUCAAUGGCUUACGCCGUCUUUUCACCGCUUCAUUCGUUGAAGCCCUCAACAAUUUUAACGAGAAACGGUCGUCGAGCCCUGCCUCUCUGUUGCUCUGGUUCGAGCACCCCCGCCUCCAUGUCUACGCCUCCGCCGCCAAUUUCGACGGCUAGCACCGGUACAGCGCCGCCGGUGGUAAGGAGGAGGAUGAGGUACAGGAAGCAGUACCCGGGAGAAAGCAAAGGCAUCACUGAGGAGAUGAGGUUCGUCGCUAUGAGGCUCCGUAACAUCAACGGCAAGAAAUUGAACGACGACGACACUCAGUCUGAGGAAGACGACGACGAUGACGGUGAUAAUGACGAUUAUGCCCCCGAAGAUAACAAUAGUUCAGAAUCAGAUGUUGAUGGUGAUGGGGGUGAGGCGGAGACUUGGCGGCCCAGUGUGGAAGGGUUCCUCAAGUACUUGGUGGACAGCAAGCUCGUCUUUGACACCGUCGAGCGCAUUGUGGAUGAGUCAAACGACGUCGCUUAUGCCUAUUUCAGGAAGACUGGAUUGGAAAGGUCAGAGGGUCUUUCUGAAGAUCUUGAGUGGUUUAAACAACAGGGUAUGGUGAUUCCAGAACCCAGUAGUCCAGGAGUUUCUUAUGCCAAGUAUUUGGAGGAGCUUGCAGACAAUUCUGCUCCAUUGUUCCUCUGCCAUUUCUACAACAUCUACUUUUCACAUAUAGCUGGUGGUCAGGUCAUUGCAAGACAGGUAUCUGAGAAGCUCCUGGAAGGAAGGGAGUUGGGAUUUUACACAUGGGAAGGGGAUGCACAAGAGUUAAUGAAAGGUUUUCGUGAGAAGCUCAACAAGCUUGGAGAGCACUGGACUCGAGAUGACAAAAACAAAUGCUUAAGAGAAACAACGAAGUCAUUCCGGUAUUUGGGGCAGAUAGUUCGUUUGAUCAUCUUAGAGCUCAACUAACCUCAAAUCAACAGCUCAGGAGGUCGGUUAUUGAGCGUACAUCAUCACCGAGGGCGGUUUUCUGCUCUGAGUACCAGGAAGCAUGGUUCUAUUGUGGUGGGCUCAUUUUUGUAUAGAAGGUGAGGUGGUUUGUUCACCAGAAUUAAGACAGCCGGCUUGUAGUUCAUGAACAACAUCGCAUCACUAAUAUAGAGACAACGCUUCUUGUUGUGAACUUGUCUUCAGAAGAAGUGUUGCGCUGAGCACAAGAAGCAGAUUCUUUUUAUGGUUUCAGAUUUUGAAUUCCUUGUAAUGUCUUAGUCUGGGGAUGAUCUUUGGAAAAGUUGAGCCAUAAUGAUGUGCAUUCUGCAUUUACAAGCAAGAAUAUUGAUGAACAACUCAAUGAAUUGAUAUUUUAUUUA